AAUAGCAGUCAGUGGUGCCUUGCAGAGGCAGGAGUGCUGUUAAUGUGUAAGCCACAAGGAAGUUCAGGGAUGUAAGAUCUUCUGUACAGAGAGUUUCUGAGCUAAAUUGCCUGUGGCUUCCUACCUGGUUACUCUGCUCUGCUGAGGAAGAUGUCUGAAGUGUUUGAAAUCUUCAACCUGCAUCUGAAGCCUGGGGACAGCCUGAAGAUCAAGGGCAAGAUAUCUGAGGGUGCUGAUGGCUUCGUCAUCAACCUUGGCUACAGCUCCUCAGAUCUGGCAUUGCACUUCAAUCCCCGCUUCAAUGAGUCUGUCAUCGUCUGCAACUCCAGGUGCUCCAAAGCUUGGCAGCGGGAGCAUCGUGACAACCACCUCCCUUUCUCCAAGGGCUCCACUAUCAAGCUCACCAUUGAAUUCCUGGCAGACAAAUUCCAGGUGAAACUACCAGAUGGGCAUGAAGUGGAGUUCCCUAAUCGACACUCCUAUGACAAGAUCACCUACAUGAGUGUCAAGGGAGGAUUCAGGGUCACCUCCUUCAAACUGGACUGAUGGGCACCGCUUCCUAGCUCUAAUAAAGAUCCAAGCAGUGGAACUGUUCUCUCCA